AUGAGCAACAACGAAAUCGCUGAGAACGGAUGGACCGCCGUCCCUGUCGACGCUGGUAAAAUGUUUAAGGAUGGCCCAUACAUCAAUGAGCCUGAAUACUUUGAUAUCAACACCGUCCAAUUCCCAACCGAUCCCAUUGUCGAAAAGACUCAAAAGCACGCCAGGGACAAUCUGCAGAAGCAGACGUACAAUCACUCCAUGAGAGUCUUCUACUGGUCAACCAUCAUCCUCAGGCAGCAAUUCCCAGACCACAAGUCCCUCUCCCCCUCAACCCUCGCCCUAGCCUGUCUUCUUCACGACAUCGGCACCACCGACAAGAACAUGUCCUCAACCCGUCUCUCCUUCGAAUUUCAAGGCGGUUUCCAAUCCCUCACCCUUCUUCAAGACUGGGGUUCAACACAAGACCAAGCCGAAGCCGUCUGCGAGACGAUCAUCCGUCAUCAGGAUCUCGGUACAGAGGGAAACAUUACGUUUCUGGGCCAGUUGAUCCAAUUGGCUACGAUUUAUGAUAACGUGGGUGCGCAUCCCAACGUAGAGGAUUUUGGAAGGAUUAUUCAUGAGAAGACUCGUGAGGAGGUGAAUGGAAUGUUCCAGAGGGAGGGUUGGUUGGGAUGUUUUGCGGAUACUAUAAGGAAGGAGGAGGGGUUGAAACCUUGGUGUCAUACUACGCAUAUUCCCAACUUUGCGGAGCAGGUUGAGGGGAAUGAGUUGCAGAAGCCCUAUGAGUGA